ACAGGAAAACAAGUUGGGAGACAUAUGCUUCUCUUUGAGAUACGUACCUACUGCUGGAAAGCUUACCGUUGUCAUUCUCGAAGCUAAGAACCUCAAAAAAAUGGACGUCGGUGGAUUAUCAGACCCGUACGUGAAAAUAGCUUUAAUGCAAAAUGGAAAGCGACUAAAGAAGAAGAAGACGAGCAUCAAGAAAUGUACGCUGAAUCCGUACUAUAACGAAUCCUUUACAUUUGAAGUACCUUUCGAACAAAUCCAAAAAGUGAACUUGGUAGUAACGGUAGUAGACUACGACAGAAUCGGUACCUCAGAACCAAUUGGAAAAGUGGUACUAGGCUACAAUGCAAGCGGCACCGAGCUCCGCCACUGGUCUGACAUGUUGGCGUCACCGCGUAGGCCCAUCGCCCAAUGGCAUACCUUGAAGGACCCAGAGGAUGAAAAGAAGGACUAAAGUGGAAGAUGAACAUGAGAUCUAUAUUGUGGUAUUCCAUAGGUUUCUGCAGUUCUACCCAAUUCCUAGCAUGAGCAUAAACCUUCGUUCAUCAAAAAAAGUCGUUUAAAGGAAUCCUGAGUACGAUUUUAUUAAUCGUUUUGCCUUCACUACUAUGCAUUCUUGUUGAUGUUGACAGUUGUUCACUAGCUUAUUAUGUUCAUAGAGAUAAUACUAUAAGUCUAUAUAUCGAAGAAAGAUAAUAAACCCAAACAUACACACCACAACGCGGAGCUAACACUAACGACCGGUAAGGCUGCCGGCACCGCUGUGUCGUCUCCCACUCCACCUUCCUAGAUGGCAUUGGUCCUGCAUAUGGGCUCGACCGAUUCAGCCCAAUAGCACUUCAGCCCCCCAUUUCUUGGAAUAUAUCAACGUGCUGAUCACGCACUGAACACGGCUGGUUUUUGUUUCGGUUUAAUGUCUUUCUUGGAUAGAUGGACUUUAGGGUACUAAAAAUUGUUAAAACUAUAUUCAAAUGAGUAUUGAAAUACACGCAAUGGGAGUAUUCGCAGUAGAAUAAAAGGUAUAAUAUUUUUCAAGUUUAUAGCAAAUCAAUCGUAAAAUUGUACAAGCUACUUCAAGUUUUGUGAAACUAGAGGACGUAUCGGAAAGAAUCUUGAUAAAAGAGUCGUCUUCGUUUAUUAUCUACAAAACGAAGUUAAUGGGUAUGUAAAAAAGAAAGAAGUAUUUAAGAUCGCAUAAUCUUAUAUACUGACGAGGUCGAAGGUCAGCAUCGCAUAAAGGAAAUGAUCUGCUAUAAACGAUAAUGACUUCAUCUAUCUCUAACUCCUUAUGCUGCGCUUAUAAUUUCGAAAUGUAUGUAUAGAUUUAUUAAGAUGUUGUGCGAUUGUAUAUAAAGUGCUAAAACCCCCAUUGCUCUAUUUUUAUGGAUAUAACAUGCUGAAGGUUAAGCAACAAUUGUCAUUUGUUUGCAAAUUCAGUCAUCUACUAUUUCUGAUUCUGAUAGCUUGAUAAAUGUUAGCAUAAACUUCACAAGCACUGCUGAAUCGUCGUCAAAAAUCCAAAAAGUAUCGCUAUAACUAUUCUAGAACGCAUCAUGUCACUUGUAUAGCUUUCUGAUGUCUGUAAGAAAUAUUCAAAAUUUGCGAAUUAACUACUAUGUCUAGAACAAAUGACAAUUGGAAUGCUAGUUCUGAAAACAAAGUGUAAAUAUAUUUCUCUGAUGCAGCAUAGUUUUUUGUUUUACGGGCUGUACGUAUAAUGUAAGUAGAUAGACCUUGCUUUAACAUAUCGAGAAAUAUAUUCACAUUAAUAUACUGUAGAUGAUAAUGAUUAUAUAGCUCAUUAUGGAAAACUUAGACUUAACUAUGAAAUUCAGUUUAGCUUAAAGUAUGUAUAGUUUCCUUAAGUACCCAAUGAAAUGCCUUUAAAUGUCGAAAAAAAGCUGCAUUUGACUGAUUUUUUCGCUAUUUAGAAAUAUUCAUUCGGAUAGGAAAUUGUCUCAGUUCCAGUUUACGUUUUAGUGAUUCUGUUAUUGAAUUGUAUAUGAAUUUGUGAAAUCGCAUAACGAAAAUUUAGCGUACUUAAUGUCGAGGUUAUGUCGAUUCAAGCCUGAGCUGGCCAAAAAUACAACGUUGCGUUUCGUAAUGGUGUUAAUACAGAAAUCGAGUCAUCAUAGAUCUGUCACUUAAGGUUUCUGAACACAUAUUGCUUCUUAAAUAAUUCGUUGGGUAUUCGUACUUAGUCUUACGCCAUAUAGAAAAAUGUCUCAUUUUUAUUCUAUACUUUAGUGUUCGCAAUGUUGUAUUUUCUGAAGCUCACUGGCCUUUUUGAACUCACCUUGUAAAAGUAUAAUUAGUUAACAAUGUACAAUAAUUGACGGUCACAAUGUGAUAUAUCAUAUCGUCUAAUAUGUUUAUAUAGCAUAUAAUUUGUUUUCUCUUUUCCUUGUAAACUAAUAUUUCUUACACGUUAUUCAAAAGUAGAUUUCUGAUCCCGGCUAGUAUGACCAAUAUCUACGAUCAAGAGGUUGUCUCAUUCUUACAACGAUCACAGUAAUACUCGUACUCGUCUCAUUGUAAGCUAAAACAAUAGCAACGUCGUCCUCUUAUGACAUGACGGAUUUGCUUAUGACAUCUUCAAAACAACAUUUACCUGCUCAAUGACAUUUCAAAGUAUUUUUCAGACCUUGUUACACCUACUUCAUUCCUCAGUUUGCUUUGAUACAGUUGUAACCCGUAAUCAAGGAUCGUAAAUGUGAAGUAUCUUGAACGUAGGAAGCCACAACUCUAGUAAAUAUCUUCUUAUCAACGUUACACACUCAACGUUGGGAUCCUAAAAGGCCCCGUCUCAGCUGAAGCUUCUGGAAGAAGAGUUGAAAGGUGCAACAAGGGAGAAUCAACUUUGAUAUGCAUAUUGCUGCAUGGUUAACUUGUGUAGAUAAAAAGUUGCUGUUGAAGAGUUUGAAAUUGCAGAAGUGUGGCCUGAACUCAGCCGUACCUUAGGAUUCGAUAACAACAGAGUCAAGGAAGAAACAUGGAGGUUAUAGAGAGGAUGAAACAAAGUAUACUUAAUCAACUAAAAGAAUACCAUCAUGAACAUGAACAUUGCGGCAAUCUAAACGAUAAAAAAAUCGAAUGCAAACAAUUGAUAGUGCGUUUGCAGCGCAUGGAUUUCUCGAACUAUCGAACAAAUCGGUCAAAUACGUCAGAUUACCAAUCCGAUCCUGAAAGAAGCCACAGUGAAUUGGAUGAAGCACAGUUACAAGUUACUAACCAUCUGCUAGAUGAAACAUAUGGAAUAAAUCAGUUAAAUAAGCCGCUCCAUCUAACUGAUACUGUAGCAAGUCACUCUGGAUUGCAUGCAGUGCAGUUGGAAGAGACUAAUCAUGCGACUUUUGAAACUAACCCUACCACAUCUAAAAUUGAAUGUCAAAUAAAUACCGAAAUUAACCACACACAGAACAUUGAACAGACAUAUGGACUAAUUUGUUCAGUUGAAGAACUGGAAAGAUUGGGUUAUACUUGCUAUCAGGUUGGCACAGCGGAAAACGCAACUAACAUAAUCUUCCCUCCCAAAGCAACCCUCAAUCAGCCUAAUCCACAGGAAAAUCAGAAUGAAGUUUUGCUGCACAUACCAUCUCCAGAACGAAGUCCAAUACCUGAAGACAAUUCUUCAAGUUUCCAGAUAGUAGAUCUGCAAGGCAACGGUAAUUUGAAAACAACAGAGAAUAAUAUGAAUUUUAGUGUGAAUAGUGAACAUUUUGCAAGAAGUUCGAUCUAUUACACAAAUGAUGAGCUUGAAAGUUUUCUCGGAUUAGAAACCACAUUUCUGGAGAAUGUAAAAGCCUCCAUGCAAGCUAAAAUCUCUUGUCCAAAACUGCUGACAAAAGCUAGGUAUACAGAAAUAAUAAAUAGAGUCAAAAAAGCGAAAAUGAAAACUACGCUGUCAGCUAAUGAUCGCAGGCUUCUAAAAAACUACGAUAUUAUCACGAUAGAAGAAGAAGAAAGACUUAUUGUACCGAUCUGCAUUCUAGAAGCUCGGAUUGUUUUAUAUGUCUACAUCGAAGAAAUGUUCAAGAUAUUGGUCGACUAUCACUUGAAGCAUGGCCACAUUGGAAAAAAUGGGAUGAUUACAGAACUUGGUAAACAGUAUAAAAAUUUUACACAUGAAGUAGUUGCGUUAUUUCUGGACUUAUGCCAAUUUUGUAAGGCAGUGCGCAUACCUUUAAAUACCUCAAAUAAUGAUGAAUGGUGGGUAAAUACGUCACUAGUGCAUGUUGGUGAACCUAUACCAACACCCUUGACAGAUGAUAGGUUGAAUGCGUCAAGAGCGCAAGCUAGAAAAGUGGCACUAACACCCUUGACUGAUGAUAGACCUGAGCUAGUAGCGGUUGAAGAGCUUAAAGAGAUGCAGCAGCAGUUCAAUUCAGCAAUAAAGCGAAUUGCAGACUCACUGACCAAUAGCUUCUACUUUAUAACUGAGUCAAUGUACUGCAAAAUACUCCAAAAUAUUAAAAACAUCAAGGAAAAAUCAAAUCGAACACACGAAGAAAGCCGGCUGGCACGCAAAUUUGGUAUUUCGACAGUUUCUGGAAGAGAAAAACUGACGGCUGCUCACGAAGUACUUCCAAUCCUGAACAUCGAAGAACUCUUUGCAGCAAUCCACAAAGUACACAUUACAAAUAAGCAUAUCCCUAAGAAUGUAAUGGUUCAGCUCUUAUCCAAAAUGUAUGCGAAUAUUGCAAUAACAGCAAUAGAAGAAUACAUCCAACUUUGUGCUGUAUGCAAAACGACUUUAAGCGGAGGAUUAAGAAUCGAUUAUUUUGAGUCUAAUGAAACAGUAAUGGAUUUAUAUAUGAUGGAUAAAAGUCCAAAUUGCAGCUUAACAUUUCUACAAAUGCAUUCAUUGUUUAACCUUCGGUUGGAAGAACUGGUUGACUUGUCCAAGUGUGACGUCCUUACAAAACGUGCUUACUCGAUUCUACUUGGUGAAGUGAAAAAAGCACACCGAACGGCAUCUAAAGAUCAGCACGACCUAGAACUUUUAUCAAUGUAUGAUGUUAAACAGUGCCGAAACAAGAAUACAAGCUGGUUGGCUACUAGAGUUCGAGAGUCAGCAGAUUCGCCAUGCAAAGUAAAAUACUACAUCUACUUGGAACAAGCCUUUAGGAUAAUACAUGACUGUCACAUACUUACUGGCCAUGGUAAUGCGGACAUUAUGGAGGCAGAAUUAUCAAAAAAAAUUCAAAAUAUUAACUCUGAUAUGAUCGCCUUAUAUUUGGAGCUUUGUGGUUCUUGUAUGAAUAAAACUGCAUCAUACAUUAGAUUUCCAAAUGGAUACACUUCAGAUUCUGUAGAUAAUGCAACAUCACAAUACAGUUCAGCUGAUUCCAAUGAAAUUACAUACUCUGAUAAAACGUAUCUUGACGAGAAAGAAAAAGUUCUACAAAAUGCGCUCAUAGAGAUAAGUAGCGAUUCUUCAAGCGACAUGGAGGGGGAAAUAGCAAAUCAAACAGAUGAAACAUGUGUAUCAAAUAAGAUUAUUGGUGUUCAAGACACAUUAAAUGAUGAGUGCGAGCUCCGUAUUAAUGAAGAAUUUGGUCUAGAUCAUCAAAAUUCUCCAAGUGAAUACAAAGAAACUACUAGUGAAGCAGGUCAACAAGACAAAAAUGACGUUCCAGAUGAUGUGAACAUGGAAUUUGAGACAGAAAGAGUUACCAAUACUGAAAAAAAUGGCAUGGGCUCUGACAGUAAUUCGAAAAUAAUACCGAAAAAUCUUAACGUAUUGAAUCGUGAAGAUAAAAAAUAUAUAGCAAAUAAAAACAUAAGCCGUUAUUGUAACUCUGAAGUUGAAUUAACAGAAACAUCAGGUAGAGCAGGUGUGCCAGACGAAACAGACCUUCCGAAUGAAGUACGCAUGGAAUUUGAAAUAGAAAAAACUAGCGUAACUGAAAAAAACGAAAUUAACAUAGACAAUGUCUGUAAGCUGGAAGCCAAAACGGAAGGUUUGUUAAGAAUAGAUGAGGAUGUGUCAAAUGGUGAAGAUAAACGACAAGUAAAUGAAAUAUCUUUUAUUACUGAAAACCUAAGCCCUAGUCUCCACCCUGAUGUCAAAUACACAGAAACUGCAAGCGAAGUGGGUCAACAAGACGAAAUUUACCUUCCGAAUGAUAUGGAUAUGAAAUUUGAAAUAGAAGGAUUGGGCGUUACUGGAAAAAACGAUAUAAUCGUAGCCGAUGUCAGCAAGUUGGAAACAAGACCGAAAAAUAUGCUAAUAAUAGGUAAGGACGUGUCAAAUCGUGAAGCUGCGGAUUCUGGAUCAGGACGGACAAAUGAUAUCAUAAGACCUAGCUACCACUCUAGCCUUCAAUAUACGGAAACUGUAAGUAAAGCAGGGGAGCAAGCUGAAAAUGGCAUUCCCAAUGAUGUAGUCAUGACACUUCAAGAAGGAAAUGUUACUAAAAUAUUUGACAUAAAUAUAGAUAAUGUCAGUAUGUCGGAAACAAAACUGAGUCAUUUGCAAACAACAUAUAUGGACAUCUCGAAUAGUGAACGUGUUGAAGAAGAAAGACAGACAAAUGAAACGAUUAUUAUCGCACAAAUAGGGCUCGGUUACCAAUCUGAAGAUGAAAAAAUAAAUGAAACGGAUACACAGGUUUUCUAUUCGGAAAACAGCACUAGAAAUCAAAUCGAGGCUAAUAGUAACAAUUCUCGGGAAAAUGUUUCAUGCAAUGAAGGUUUUCCAGUCGACAAGGAAAAUAUAGAAAAAACUCUUGUGGUUAAGCUGAACAGAUGCCGUAGAAUUACAGAUACAAUAAUUGCGAAAUAUGCAUCGCCACACAAUGAUGAAAGUACUAUGGUAUAUGAUAAGGGUAGCCAAGAUAUAGUGAUUCGUGCAGAUGAUAUCAGUAAAUUACAACAAAGCAUAAAGCGUAGAAGAAUUGGAAACGUAGAGACAUAUACUGGGAAUCAUCAUGAAAAGAUAUCAUUGGUAGAGAAAAUUGUCAAAGAAAACGGAAGUUUAGGAGGGUCAGUGGGCCAAAUCAAUGGAUUUCGUCUGAUGCACUCUCUCCAGAAAGAAGAUAAUAGUCUUACAAAGAGUGCUGAUAGCAAUAAAACAACUGUUAACGAAUGCGAAACAAAUGAAGUGCCAGCUGCUGAUAACAACCGGAACCAAGUAAAUGAGAUUAACAAUAAAGAAGUAAUGAGCUUUUCUGAAGUACUUACAAGUACUCUAGAUCAACCACUUGACAUACUGUGUAAAAACGAAAUGUUAUUUGAAGCAGGUGAGGAAGAGAGAGAGUUUGCUAUAAAGGAAGACUGUGAUAUUGCUGAGACUCUGAUAGACAAGAACACGGAAAAUACUCCCAGCAAAUUUCGGAUAGACCACCUUUCAAAUACAAUGAACUGUAUGAACGGCCAGUCAGUUGAAGCGAGUACUCAAACAACAGAACAUUAUAUGGAUAGUGAGUUACAUAAACCGGAGGAUGAAUCAGUCUUUGAACCAAAAUCACGCUUCAUGGAGCGACUGCAGGAGACGAAAUCUGGUUUUGUGAUAUCCAAAAAAGCAUACUACUAUUUAAUCGGACAAAUUAAGAAGGCUAAAUUGUCAUCAAAUUCAAUAAUAGAUAAACAUCGUGUGCGCAGUUACGACAUAAUGAAGACAGAAAAUUCUGAGAGGCUUGUCACUCAUAAGGAAGAAGGUAGCACUUUGUUCAAAAUGUACGCUUACAGUGAAGAAAUAUUCGAUAUUAUCCACAAUACUCACAUAGAUUCCAACCAUAGCGGAGUAUUACGAAUGAAAGAAACAUUGAAGAGCAAAUAUCAAAACAUAACAGGAGAUAUGAUUCGUAUGUACUUGGAAACUUGCGAUGUAUGUCGGAAAAAAAUGGACAUGGAGUUAAGAUGUCAGGUAGAUAUCAUAGAUAUGCAAAAUAAUCAAGUGAAUGGGUAUUCUUAUAUACUUGUGUAUCAUCACCAUACCAAACUAGUGCAAUUACGUCCGCUGAAGUCAAAACAGGUUAGCGAAGUAGCUGGGGCAGUUUUGGACAUAUUCGCAAUAUUGGGAGUACCGAACAUUCUUCACAUUAGUGGAACCAGGCAUUUUGCCCACUAUCUUAUCAGAAAAAUAUGUAAACAAUGGCGUCAGAUAAAAGUCAUACUUGGGAAACAAAGACUUAAGCAGACUAACACAAUGAAAAUUGAGAAGAUCAUAUCACGUUGGAUAAUUCAGCACCCCAAAGAAGAAUGGACUAAUAUGUUACGAUAUAUACAAGUAGAAAUUAACACCAACCCAACAAGCUUAAACUCUCACCAAGCAACGUUUGGUACCCCAUUUACAUUUGGCUUGAAGAACUCUUCUAUAUCACUGGAUCACGUAACUACAGAAAAGGAAUUAGAAAUAGCUUUAUAUGGUGGCGAUUGUGGUAGUGAUAUAUUGAGCAGCGAAGAUUCCUCAGAAGAAACUAGUGACGAAGAUGAUGGACCAUUGUCAGAUAAUGAAUCGGUUGAUUCGUCAGAUAAUGGACUUGUUAUAUUAAAUCAAACGGCGACAAAAAAUGGUAAAAAGAGUGACAAAUAAAACGCAAAGAAAUGGACUAAAUUAUGUCAUGUAUGUAUAUAUAAUGCCCGAUACCAGUUUGGCAAAUAAACAGCCCUGUGACAACGUCACGGAAGCACCAAAAAUAUUUAGAAAAUAUUGUAUUCAAUAUUGUAGUAAUAGUAGUGGUAUUAUACUAUUAAGUAGAAUACAACUUCUGUGAUAUCUUUAAAGCAACUACCUAAGAGACAUUCUACACACUUUACAUGCAUAAUCUUAAGAAAUACAUAGACAUAAAAAGUACAAAUGUGACUUGUGACUUCCAAACCCUGUCUUGUAAUUAUAAUUGUUUGAUUCCGAUUUCACUGGCCAAACUUUUUUUUUUUAUUUUUCUGUAAGUUAUUAUGAAGCCUCGGCAUCCGAAGUUUCAGUUAAGUUUAUUUUAGAUAUGUUAUGUUUGGUAUUAGUUGUUAGCCGACUCAUCAAAAUCGCACAUUUUUUAUAUUCGUAUAUGGAUUCAAAUAUGUCUAUCGCUUUCCGUAAACUACAGGGGUGCGUUUGUAAAUCACUUGGCAAUGUAAUACCGUACACAAAUCAAGUUCAAGCGAGUAACCAAAUGAAAAUGGUAUUUACCAUUUUGUAUUGGUAGUUACCGAUCCGUUCGAGCGAGUUUGGUUAUAAGAUCCGUGACGUCAUGAAUCUGCUUUUAUAUGUCAUAGUCAUCGCCGUAAAAUUGUGGUAUUUACCCAACUCAAGUUUAGAGAAUUGAAGGUUAUCAUAGCUACAAAGCCAUGGUUCCAUCAUUAAAAAAAAUUUCUGAAAAAUAAACUCUCCCAUUAAUAUUAUGAAAGUUUUAAUUUUUUAAACUUUCCAUACACUGUUCUAGACGAAAAAGCACCGAUUAUUACGUGAUAAUAAAAAUAAUCAUAAAUUACACGCGCGCUUUUCUAAAAUAAACAACUUGCAACAAAACCGCAGUUAAAACCAACGCGUUCAAGCGAUUCGAGUAACGACGUCAUCAACCCGUGUGUCAUCUUAAACCAUAUUAUAACCGCGGUACAUAAUACAGACAUUUUGGUUGUUCGCUUGGAUUUGAUUACAGUCAUGGAAUGUAGAUUGAUAGAUGUAAUUUUACUGUGGAAUACUGUGAAACUUUUAUUUUUAGAACGCCUCAAUUAUUACAGAGUCAUGUAAUGACACUUGAUGGCAGCCGACUAAUUUCUAACCACGUUUUCUGCGACCUUUGUAGUUGUUUUAUGAGACCCUAGGGAUACGAAGUGGCAUUUAUCAUGAAAAAUAAUAUGUUCUAUCAAUUUUGAGCAGUUUUUGAUAACCAAGUAAAGUAAACAAACAAUGAACCAUGAAAAUGACAGUGACAGAACUCUUGUGCCCACGCUUUUAAGCUCGGGAAGAAAAGCACACUUUUGGCGUUCUAGAAGGAUUACUUUGUUCUAUUUCCGAACGCAUAAAACAAGUACGUCAAACAGUUACGAACGCUAAUUGUUACAGAGUAGUACAAGUAGUACAGUACACUAUGUAACAAUUUACGAGCGCAGCCCUGUAUAUACCACAACUGUGCCCUUUGCAAGCUGCUGACAAAAUUUGUUUAUUAUGUAUUUGUGUGUUAUUAGUGAGAUUAAAGCUACCUGUUUUGUUGAAA